AGGAGGAGGAUGAACACAGGAAUAAAAGCAAGCAAGAGACCAUGAACUCCAAAGCCAACCCAAAACCCGACGAAGCAACGCGCCUCCUGUAGUAGCAGCGGCAGCAGCAAAAGCAGCGUCGAUACAGCGGAAGAAAGGUAAGCGAGCGAGCGAGCGGACGGCCGAACCUCCACGAGCGAGCGGCCUUUGCUGUAGCGGGCGCGGAAGUGUCUGGCAACUGCUGGAUUCUCUCUCUCUCCGCCGCCGCCGAAGAGUUGCGUUGGGCGUGUCUGUGCAGUCAGUAGCCGCUAGUCGCUGGUCCUGUGCAGGUGUGUGUGUGUGUGUGUCAUGUCCCGUGUUGCCCCUCUCGCUGGAAGGAAGGAUUGACCCGCGCGCUCCGUCUUAAGCCGCUCUGACCACAGCGAUCUCUCUCCCUCACGCCCCGAAGGGAUGGAUACUUGAACCUCUCACUCACUUACUCUUGCACUGCCCCGUUUGUCCUAUUCCCAGGCAGACUGUUCUUUGGGGUUUUAAAAGCAUCACCUGUCUCUCUCCUUCUUCCUUUCCUUUGGUUUAAUCCUGGUUUCUCUGACGUUUUAUGAAGUGAGUGCUCUGGGAAACUAGUGAAGGCCCUUGAUUAACUACCUGUGUGUCCAUGGCGAUAGAGACAGACAGGUGGGAAGGAAAGCAAACUGAAUGAGUGGAGUUAACUGCUGGUGGAGGUUAUACUGAAAAGUGCAAAGUUAUUAAAGAGAAACUGAUCUGCAUAACUGUCAUCAUUCCCUGCAUAUCUACAUUCCCUCUUUCUGAUCUCUUCUCUCCCACGACACUUCCUCUUCCUCUUCCUCCUCCUCCUCCUCUUCCUCCCCCACUCGCUAAGCAGCUGGGGGGUCACAAGAGGAGGAGAUAGAUACGAUAAUAAAGGAAAGAGGGAAGAGAAGAAAAGAGAGGAUAAACCACAAGACAUAAAAGAACAUAUCACAACCCUAAUCUAAGACCUCAGCGGUGCCCAUUGCUCUCGAGAACGAUGAAGAAAACGAGAACCUUCAACCCAGCGAUGAAGAAGAAGACUCACAGAGGCCCUUGAACACUUCCUCCUCCUCCUCCUCCUCCUCCUCUUACUCUUCCUCCUCCUUCUCCCUUCCUCCUUCUCCUCUCCCUCUCUCAUCAUCGCCCGCCUUCGCAUCUUCGUUUAUGAGCAAGAUUCUUCAGGCAAGCACGAUGGGGGGAGGACGGAGUGGAGCGGCGGCGACGGCGGCGUGGGCGGUGCUGGUGGUGGUGAUCACGCUACUACCACACUCAGCGACGGCGACCUCCGAGCCAGCACUGGACGGCACCACGGAGGACCCCAUGUCAAAGUUCCGCCACCUGCUCCCCGAGGCCAACCUGUCCAACAACUCGGUGACCAACGUGACGGUCCAGCUCGGCGCCACAGCCUUCCUGCCCUGCAAGUACCGCCACCUGGCCGACCACCAGGUCAGUGAGGAUCAGGUCUCAUGGUUCAGGCGUCGGGACUGGCACAUUCUGACCACCGGCAUCUUCACCUACACCAACGACGCGCGCUUCAGUGUCCUGCACCCCGAGGAGACGGAGGACUGGACGCUGCAGGUCAAGUACACGACGAGGCGAGACAAUGGGACCUACGAGUGUCAGCUGUCCACGGGCACGGGCGUUAUCUCCCAGUUCGUGAAUCUGUACGUGGUGGUGCCGCAAGCCUACAUCCUGGGCAGCAAGGAUUACCACGUCCAGCUGGGCUCUACCAUCAAGCUCACCUGCGUCAUUAAGCAGAGCCCCACGCCGCCCCAGUACGUGUUCUGGUACCACAACGACCACAUGAUCAACUACGACACUCGGCGCGGGGGCAUCAACGUCACCACGGACACGGGACCCACCAAGACCGUGUCCAACCUGGUUAUCACGGACGCCAGGCACCAGGACUCGGGGAACUACACCUGCAGCGCCUCCAACACGCAGGGCGCCUCCUCCAACGUCUUCGUCUCCCACGGUGACAAGAUGGCGGCCAUUCAGAGACGGAAGGCGGGGGCGGGCGCCGGUGACCUUCCCUUGACUUGCCCGGUUCUCUGGCUCCUCCUCGUCUUGACUCUCGCCGCCCAGAGAUGAUAUGCUUGGCCUGACCUCCUCCCCCUCACCCCUACCCACCCCUCAAGUUCCCCCCAUACCCGGGUCCCCAAGGUCACGCAACUUACCCCCAUCAAAGCUAAGAUUGUCGCCUCUUCGUGUGUCGCCGAUCUCGUCCGUCACUUCGAGGUCAUCCGGUGUCGUUUCUGUGUUUGUUAUUCUGAAGUCGAGAUGUUUGUUCCCCGGAAAGCAACUUCGACCCUAGGAGAAGAACGUGAUUUCUGAGCUCCAAGGAUGUCUAUGAACUUGAGGAACCAGAGAGGGUGAAGCCCCGGAGAUGAAGUUACCGUUCUCAAGGAUUCGAAGUCAAAAGGAAAUCCAAUGUCUUCAAGAACGCCGCCACUCUGACCUCGCGAGACCAAAACUAAGAACUCAAGAGCAUCACGUACUUGAAGAGGUUUAAGUCCCCAAGAGGUUGAAAUGUCCUUACGGCUUCAAAGUCAAAACGAAUUAUAUCUUCAUGAAUUUGAUGUGUCCAUGAGGUUAAAGUUUUCAGAAGACCGCAGCCAUUCUAAGACAUCGAGACCUCAAAGGAAUGGAGGUCUUGAAGGUCUCUCCACGCUCACGCGACUCCCAGCAUUCCACAAGCCCUCGAAGUGUCCAAGACGUCGAGAGCCCUAAGGAUUGGAGGUCUUCAGGGUCUCCCAACGCUCACGCCUCUAAGCAUUCCACAAGACCUCGACAAGUCCAAGACCGAGACGUGGAGAUCCUGAAGGACUCCUAAACGCUCACUCCACUCCUCGUCUUCAAGGUCACCCAAUCGUCGUCAUUCCGUCUCGUUACUUCGGAGGACUCAAAGGAUUUCUUCUGUUGAGAUCCUACCUCCCACCUUCCUCCCUCCGCCUCCUUGUGUAUCGCCCCCCUCCACCUCAAACCGACCUACCUCCCUCCCUCUCUGACCCAUCGAUUCCCUCCCUCCCUCCCUCUCUCCCUUCUGUUAUUCCCACCCUCGUGCCUCUCCCUAUUUACUUAUCUCCCUUCUCCUAGCCUAAUCACAGCCUCUCUCCCUUUCUCCCUCCCUCCCUCCCUGCCUCAUGUAACCUCUCACACAAGCUCGGAAUAUGACACAACUUUUGCUUUACCGAAUUCUCUUCUUCCCUACCUCCCUUAAUUCCAGCUUCUCCUCAUCUCUUUUUAUUCAUCUUUCCUCUCGUCCUGUAUUUCCAUUCUUCCCGCCCUUUUCUCUCCUUCAGUUAUCACUUUCUUUUCUCCUUCCCUUCUCCUUUUCUUUUUUUUCCUUCUCAAUUUCUUAUCCUUUCCUUUGCUUCUCUUUUUAUUAUCCUUUCCACUUAUCGAUAAUUAUACGCCCUUCCUUCCAUUCUUCCUCCAUUUUCUCUCUCUUCUCUCCCUCUAUAAUCAUUCCCUUCCCUCUACCCUCCCGUCCCUCCUUUCCUAGUACAAAGCCUUCCCUUCUUCCCUUCCUUCCUUUACCUUCGUUUAUCAUACCUCCCUUCCUUUUCUCUCCUUUCUUCCUCCUCCUCCUCCUCCUUCCCUCCAUCACUGGGACGCUCAGUAUUUUGAAGGGAAGUGGAGGAGAGAUUAUUCAGUCCCUCCCUCCUUCUCUCAUUCCCUCCCUCCCUUUCUCCCUUCCUCAGUGAAUCAUGUUAAUAUUUGUGGAGCUUUGUACCUUGUGAUGUUACGGUGAGUUGGUGAAUCGGUGAGUGAGUGCGUGAGUAUGUUGGUGAGUCCAUGAGUGUGGAGGUGAUGUUAUUUUUCACCACCACCAUCACCACCACUCACCAUCACCACCACCACCACCGCUUUCUUCCUCCUCCUCCUCUUUUUUUUUUAUAUAUUAUUCCUCAUAGUGAAGGAAAGAAAAAAAAAACUCAAAAUACAGUGAAAAAAAAAAAGACUUUGCACUCAUCUUUUUCUCUGGGUGUAGAGUUACCUAAGGAAUGUUAUGUACGUACGCAGUUUUGUGUGUACGUGUACGUUGGUGUGUGUGUGUGUGUGUGUGUGUGUGUGUGUGUGUGUGUGUGUGUGUGUGUGUGUGUGUGUGUGUGUGUGUGUGUAUGUGUGUGUGUGUGUGUGUGUGUACAUAAAAAAAAUAAUAUAUCAGACGCUCACUUGCUUUAGGUGGAGGAGGAGGAGGAGGAGGAGGAGGAAGAGGAAGCGGAGGAGGAGGAGGAGGAGGAGGAGGAGAAAUAUAUAUACAUGUAAAUAGUGACGACCAAAAGAGUGGAGGGGAAGAGGAAAAGGAGGAGGAAAGAGAGAAGGAGGAGGAAGAAAAAGAGGAGGAGGAGGAGGAAGGACAAGACGACACGAAAGGGACAGAUAAACAGACAAAUAUGGAAAAAAAUAUCCGCCCUCCCUCCUUCUCUCCUUCCCUUCCUUCCUCCAUCUUUCUUCCACCAACGUCAGAAGAAGAGGAGAAGGAGGAGGAGGAGGAGAAGAAGGAUCAGCAACAGAUGAGCGUCCAAGUGUGAAGAAAGAAAAAAAAAUAGUGGAAAAAAAAUGCAUGGGAAGGAAAAAUAUUUGUAUGAGAAAAAAAAGAAGCAAAACAGAAAAAAAACUAAAGUGCGCGCGUUUACAUUUCUUAUACUUGGAAAAUAUGAGAAAAAAUGGAAAGAAAAAAAAAGAUAAACAAAAAAAUAACAAAAAUGAAAAGAAAGAAAAGUUGUGAAAAAUAUGAAAAAUGGAAAGAAAAGAGAAGAAAAAAAUACAAGAAAAAAAAAUGAAAAGAAAACGGAGUGAUGCGUUUUGUGUUUCUCUCGUCCCCUUGUAAAUAGGCCACAAACAAACAAACAAACAAACAAAAUGAUGGAGCUAGAAAACAAACAACCACAGAAAAACAAAGUGAAGGAACAAGAAAACAAAAAAACAACAACAAAAAAAAUAUACGCACUUGUACUUCAACAUAUAUUUUGCGUAUCUGCGUA